UCAGUCUUGCACAGGUGUACCGGCUCCUCCCCUUCAGUCUUGCAAAGGUGUACCUGCUCCUCCCUUCAGUCUUGCACAGGUGUACUGCUCCUCCCCUUCAGUCUUGCACAGGGGUACGGCUCCUCCCCUCCAGUCUUGCACAGGUUGUACCAGCUCCUCCCUUCAGUCUUGCACAGGUGUAUCAGCUCCUCCCCUUCAGGCUUGCACAGGUGUAUGGCUCCUCCCCUUCAGUCUUGCACAGGUGUACUGGCUCCUCCCCUUCUAGUCUUGCACAGGUGUACUGGCUCCUCCCCUUUCAGUCUUGCACAGAUGUAUCGGCUCCUCCCCUUCAGUCUUGCACAGAUGUAUCGGCUCCUCCCCUUCAGUCUUGCACAGGUGUAUCGGCUCCUCCUCUUCAGUCUUGCACAGGUGUAUCGG